AUGGACCACAAGAAACAGAUCUCCCUGACGAAGCCAACCGACUGGCCCUCAUGGAUCAAGUACAUCAAGGGCAAGGCUAUCGACUACGACCUAUGGGACCUCGUAGACCCAGAGGCUGGCAGAAGCCGAAUAGACCGUCGAGAGAAGCCCAUACAACCCCUAGUGUCUUCCUUCAUGGCCAGACUGGUUCCACAGACAAGUGGAACUCAGACCAGAUCAGCAGCAGCAGCAAAUGCUGAGGAACACUACUCGACCGAAAGAGCCAGAGACAUAGGCGACCUAGUCAGAGUGGAUAGGGAACUAUACAUCCAACUGAGAGCAGACUAUAACACUGAAAAGAAGGAGUACGAGGCUGAAGCAAAGGCUCUCCGCGAACUACGAACGAUCAUCACAGACACAGCAAGGAGGAAAUACAUAGAUGCUUGCUGUGAUCAAACUAAACCAACCCACGAGUGGUUGAUGAAGUUGAGGUCAGUAGCUGGCAUCAGUUCGACAGAAAUCAGGAGGACGAUCCGAGGAGAAUACCAGGCAGUCCUUCAAGCCAAGAAGUUACAGUCUAAACAAGAUAUAGAGAGAUGGUUAGAAAGCUGGGAAGCAAUCAUGUUAAGAGCAGAAGAGAACGACAUGCCAGAAGCCACAGAGACAGAUGCCUGGGUAGAGUCCCUGUUAAAGGUUCUCGCUAACUCAGCCAUCAGCAACUGGGCAGCUGCGUACGAGAUCAAUGGUAGAAGAGACCCAACGAUUGCCGACAUUACAGCUCAGAUCAGGAGACACCUGAGAAUUCAUGCCGACAAACUAGUGCCCUCCAAGGGUAACCCAGUCAAGGGGUCUUUCGCAGAUGUUGAAGGAGACAACAACCAGAAGAACAACAGCAUGCCCAUCGCAGGGUCAAGGGGACAGAAGAGACACCGAGCAAUGGACAGCAUUGACAACGACAGACGAUGCAAGAUAUGCAACGUCAGGUGCCAUGAUAUGGAGAAAUGCUUCUACAUCAUCCCAGAGUUCGCACCAAAGGGAUGGGAAGGCAGACCAGCAACGAUAGACCGAGUUAACCGCAUGCUCAGAGAGAAUGAGGAGCUAGAGCGAGAGGUCAAGAGCAUUAGAGACAAGCUCAAGGCUGAGGGGAAGUUGGACACCAAUAGGUGA